GUCUGAAUGAUAAAUUUAUUAGUGGAAUUAAAGCAGAAAUUGGCUAUCUAUUGGAUGGUGCAGGUGCAUCUACCACAGCAAUUGAGACAUUUGCAGGAGCAGGUAUGAGUAUUAGACAUGAGACUGUAGCAAAAAAUAAAAAAAAGGAUGCAUCAACUUACAUUGAGACAGUUGGAAUUUUUGUUGCAGAAUUU